UUCGCUCCGUACCAGUCACGUGACGGUCAACUAUGGCUUCCACCUGGUAGUGAUGGAGGCGCAUCGUUGACAACAAAACAAAACUACAACUUUGCUCGUUUAUUUGUACGCUGCCACAAGUUGGAUUCACAAUGCAGAAGAUCAAGUCCCUUAUGUCCCGGCAGGGCCUGAAAAGCCCCCAGGAAAGCAUGGCAGACCUCAGCCCCGUGGAGAGCCUGAGGAUCCCGAGCAAGGAGGAGUUGCGGGAGCUGAGGGAGCAGCCCAUCGACCCCCAGGCGGAGCAGGAGAUCAUCGAAAGCAUCGAGGAGGUCUACUUCUCCACCGACUCCUUCGACAUGGUGCAGCACGAGCUGGAGAAACUACCACCUGAGCUAAAUCUGCAGGAGCUGGAGGAGUACAGGGACAAGCUGAAGAGACAACAGGCGGCAGUUUCUAAAAAGGUUGCUGAUCUUAUUCUGGAGAAACAGCCCGCUUAUGUCAAGGAACUGGAGCGAGUGACCGCGUUACAAGCCAACCUGCAGCUGGCAGCGGUCAUCUGCACUAACGCACGGAGGCAGCUGAGCAUGUCGAAGGAGGGAUUCACAGAAGCCAGCUUGGGUCUCCUGUCCAAUCAGAGGAGGCGACAGCUGCUGACGGGCUUGCUUAAGUCACUGAGGACCAUCAAGACACUGCAAAGAACAGAUGUGAGACUCAGCGAGAUGCUUGAGGAGGAAGACUAUCCCGGCGCCAUCCAGCUCUGCCUGGAAUGUCAGAAGGCUGCCAGCACCUUCAAACACUACAGCUGCAUCAGUGAAUUGAAUUCCAAACUACAAGACACUCUGGAGCAAAUAGAGGAGCAGCUCGACGUCGCCCUGUCGAAGACUUGCAAGCACUUUGAUGUUUCGCACUACACCAAGGUCCAACUGGCCUACACGCUCCUGGGAAAGACUCAGACCGCCAUGGACCAGCUGCACAUGCACUUCACCCAGGCCAUCCACAACACCGUGUUCCAAGUGGUGCUGGGGUACGUGGAGCUCUGUGCCGGCAACGCCGACACCAAGUUUCAGAAGAUGCAGUACAAGGACCUGUGCACGCAUAUCACUCUGGACAGCUACAUUCCCUGCCUGACUGAUCUGUGCAAGGCAUUGUGGGAGGUGAUGGUUAGCUACCACCGCACCAUGCAGUGGCACGAGGAGCAUGACAAACACGAGGCCACGCCCACUGCAGAUGGUGCAGCGGCAGCAGAGUCUGAUGACUCGGUGGUGGACCGCAGCUACGUGAAGAAGAAGCUGGAGCACGGACUGACUCGGAUCUGGCAGGACGUCCAGUUGAAAGUGAAGGCCUACAUCCUGGGGACGGACAUGUCCAACUUCAAGUACGACGAUUUCAUUGUGGUGCUCGACGUCAUCAGCAGGUUGAUGCAGGUGGGGGAGGAAUUUUGCGGCAGCAAGUCCGAAGUCCUGCAGGAGUCUAUCAAACGCCAGAGUGUCAACUACUUCAAGAACUAUCACAGGGCUCGACUGGAGGAGCUGAGGAUGUUUCUGGAGAAUGAGACGUGGGAACUUUGCCCAGUAAAGUCUAACUUUAACAUCGCCCAGCUACAUGAGUUUAAGUUCAUGGGCCAGUGUCGUUCGCCCUCCGUCUCCCCGAGCAGACAGGCCGUGUCCUCGGCCGGCCCCGUUCAGGAGGAGCUUUCUCUGUUCCAGCAGUACCACCAGGAGGGAAACCCCUUUGAGAUGCCUGCUGAGAACAAAGAGGAGGAGACCGAGGAUGUGCUGGCGUCUAACGGGUACGAGUCAGACGAGCUGGAGAAGAGUGUGUACCAGGACUACGACAGUGAUAGUGACGUCCCCGAGGAGCUCAAGCAGGACUACGUGGACGAGCAGACGGGGGACGUCCCCCUCAAGAGUGCGUCCCGAGAGACCAUAAGAAGCAAGAAAAAGUCUGACUACAACCUUAAUAAGACCAAUGCACCGAUUCUCACCAAUACCACCCUCAACGUCAUCCGGCUCGUCGGGAAGUACAUGCAGAUGAUGAACAUUCUGAAGCCGAUCGCCUUCGACGUCAUCCACUGUGUGUCGCAGCUCUUCGACUACUACUUAUACGCCGUGUACACUUUCUUCGGACGCAACGACAUGCCCGUCCCGAGUCCGUCUCUGCCGACUCAUGGUGGCAGAGACGCGGGGCCCGUCAGGGUGGUGGGCCCGGCCUGCUUGUAUGAGUCAUCGGGUCUGGGCCUCAUCAGCAGCAGACUGAGAACCACACUGAACCGGAUCCAGGAGAGCCUCAUUGACAUGGAGGCGGUGGCGGAGAACGCACCCGUCCACGGUGCAGCAGAGGACCGAAAGGAGAAGGUGCCGAGCCCCCAUCUCAGCCAGCUGGUGGUCCUCACCAACAGUGGGACUCUUUAUGGGCUCGCGCAGAGAGUGGUGGCCACAGAGUCUCUGGUGUUUCUGGCUGAACAGUUUGAGUCCCUGCAGUCCCACCUGGACACCAUGAUGCCUGCAGCAAAGAAGCCCUUCCUGCAGCAGUUUUAUUCCCAAACGGUGUCGACGGCCAGUGAACUUCGGAAACCAAUAUACUGGGUUGUCGCGGCAAAGGCCAUCGACUACGAACAAAUGUUGCUCCUGAUGGCUGGCGUGAAAUGGGACAUUAGGGAAAUAAUGUCGCAGCAUAAUGUGUACGUGGACGUCCUGUUAAAGGAGUUUGAGGACUUCAACAAGCGGUUGCAGGACGUUUCCAGGCACGUGCGCAUCCCGCUGCCUGUGUCCAACGUGCUGUGGGAGCACUGCAUCCGCCUGGCCAACAGGACUCUAGUAGAAGGUUACGCUAACGUGAAGAAAUGCAGCAAUGAGGGCCGCGCCCUGAUGCAGCUGGACUUCCAGCAGUUCCUCAUGAAACUGGAGAAGCUGACGGACCUGCGGCCCAUUCCCGACAAAGAGUUUGUGGAGACCUACAUCAAGGCCUACUACCUCACCGAGAACGACAUGGAGCAGUUCAUCAAGAACCACCGGGAGUACUCCAUGAAGCAGCUCGCCAACCUGGUGAACGUUUGUCUGGGCUCGCACAUAAACAAGAAGGCCCGCCAGAAACUCCUGGCGGCCAUCGACGACAUCGACCGACCCAAGAGGUAGUCCGGUGGGCGGAGCCUGAGACGCGGCGAGCACCUCCCGCGGCGGGGACACUCCAGCAGAGGAAUUCUGCGUCGAAUGUUUUUUUUUUGUUUUUUUCACAGCGUAGCUCAAACGUUAGCCAAAUGCUACAUACAUACACGACUGACACGUUCGCUCUCAAGCUCGCUGACGGUGUCGACGUUUUCAUCGAGCCGCUCAAGUUUCACUGCAAAUUGUCUGCAACCUCAACGGCGUCAUUGUCUUCGAUGACCACACGGAUCUCAAAUCUCGACAAAAAAAAAAAAGGGUUCAACUUUAACGUGAAGUGAAGCACGAUGCUCAACGUCUGAGAUUGAAGUUGAUUUGUGAGUUUCUUAAUUCUAUAGUUCCGUAAUGUUGUAAAGUUUUGUGGUAAAUACUAUAGAUCCAAAGUAGAGAUCCAAUAAGAGUGUGUAGUGUGUAAUAAACCUUCACUAUCUAAUUUAAAGCUUGAUUGAAUAUAUUGGGUAUAUCAGGGUUAUUGUUGACUUUAAUCAUUCAUUAUGAGUUUCUCCAGCGGCCGAUAUCUUUGUUGUUGUGUUCUGUUUUACUACGCUCCGCUUUUUUUUUUUUCUUUUUUUUGUCUGAGAAUUACAUAAAUCUAAUAUAAUGAUGAUUCUGAAAAAAAUAUGAAUUGCUGUAAUGAGAGUUAAUACAGAGUGAAUCUGCACUAGCCGCAUUUGUUUGUUUGCCACUUGUCACGUCUGAGGAGGCGUCUUUGUGAAUGAGCUUUAUCUCUGAAUUCAUUCUGGGGACUUCUGGACUUUGUGGGUCGUCUUAAGUGAUUCCUCAUGAGUUCGUAGUUGACCUGUGAACCACGAGGGCUUUUAGGCUCCCGUGCUUCAGUCAUCUCCAUGUUUCCACAUGGCGUGAGGGCGGAUUGAUUCAUAGUCAAAUGGAUGUGGGAUGAAGUAAAGGUUUUCGACAUGGCCUCCAACUUUUGUUUGCAACUAUUCCACGAAAUUCCACAAAAUACUGUACAUGUGAAUGUUCUGAACAAAGUCUGUAUUUAUUUCUAGCUCUGUGUGUUUGGGCUUUUAUAUGAUGUGUGCUGGAAGUGUAUCUUGUCAUUUAUCACCUGUCAGUAUCCUGUAAUUUACCAACUGAAGCUAAUAGAGAAAAUUUCAACAUCGUCAAAUAAUGCAAACGGUCAAGUACACUAGUGAAAAUCAGUAAUCGUGUUAGAACUGUAAGUUGAAGCAAAAAUGAUUGACAUAAUAAACACUCUAAUAAUGGC